ACUAGACAUCUUAGACCGCAACUUUCCCUUCACAUCUACCCUGGACGCUCGCACAGAAAAGCCCGAAACAACAUUUCCCCCACCAGCGUCAACAAACUCAAACCCAAACCUUACACCGACAAGAUUCCCAUCACAAAUUAUCGCCGAAAUGCCCUCCGUGGAACCUCCAACGCUGGCAACGCACCUCCUUACAGCGCUGCUUCCCCCGGAGCUCGCCGAUUCUAUCCAAAAGCACAUCCUGCACCCACGCUCGCCCGUCCAAAUCAUCGCGCGCAACGUCCUCGACCAAGCGCAGAGUCUUCUCGACACGGCCGCGCCUCUUCUUGAGCCUCUAUUUGAUCGCAUCAUGAUCUUGCUAGCAGAAAACCAAGGCCUCGUCGGUGUGAUUGCAUCGCUGGUAGUCCUUGCUACUGUUGUAAUAAUUCUCAAUUGGAUUCGUCGUCUGCUCAUGUGGUGGACGCGCAUGGCUAUGCGCAUCGCGACUUGGGCUCUUCUACUUGCUCUUGCAGCGUGGAUCUGGGAGCGUGGUGUCUUCGAGAGCGCAAGGGAUAUGGCUGUCAUGGGCGGCAAGAUCGUGGGAUACCUGGCUGCCAUCAAGGAUGUUUGGCUGCAGGAGUAUGAUCGCUACGAGGCGCAACAGGGCAUGGCUGGGACCAGAGGCACGACUUCCGGACGACGAUCGAGAUAAGUAACGUCCAUACAGAAAAAAUAUAUGCGGACGGCGAAUAUACAGCAAUGGCUGUUUUGCAUACGACCCGACACGUUUUGAAUACCACCAGAAGACAGAACAUCAAGGAAAUCCCCCCCCCCCCCAAAGAAAAAAGAAGAAAAAAAGAAGAAAAAAACAACAGAGCACGGGUAUACCAUGACCAUACAGCAUAAGUCAUCCAUCAGCAUAAUUCUUAUGAUUUAUCACGAAAGAGGUGGAAGAGGGCAGGUUAGGAAAAAGAGCGGGACUGUGACACAUCACGUCCAAGCUCAAUUCUAUCUCAGACUAUGAGAAGCAAUCAGUAACGCCGGCGCUAUGCAAUACUACUAUCAAGAUACCACAUAUUUCCCUUUUCCCAGGUUAUUCAUUUGCCAUUACAUCCACACUAGUCGUCAUGAUCCUCAUAUUCCUCAUCAUGGGGCUCUUUGGGAUCCUGAGCUUCGUGGAAUUGUAUGCAGUCAUCAAUGUAGCUCAGAAUAGCACCGACGCUGUCCUCGUUGGUCACGUCUAGCCUGAGAUAAUUGAUCAUACUGAAGCUCUCGAUCAAGCCAGCCACAGCUCGGUUCAGUCGUCGGAAACUAGCACCUUUCAUUACUUGUUCCUUCUCGUCAGGUGCCUUUGACUCGUCAUCUUCGGCUUCAGGACCCUCUGUAACACGACGCGCACGCUCGAUAGGGUCAUCGUCAAGCAGACCUACGUCAGGUGUAAGGAAGCGCUUGAGAUCCUUCUUCUUCACUUGGCCCUUAACGAGGUCCAUCUUGGACAGGAUGUUGAUGUGUGGCACCUCGAGCAUGAGCAUGGCACUCAUGGCACUAAGGGUGCCAGAGAAAAACUUUGCUCGAUCGACGACGAAUGUCGCUUCCAGGAGAUAGACAGCGGCCAUGCGGAUGUCAAGAGAGCCCGGCUGGGACAGAAAUUUGACUAGAGCCGGUAGAAUAGGGACAUGUGUGUAUAGUUCGAUCUGACCGGGCAUGUCGAAGAUAAUGAGGUAUUCUUCGGUCAGACUGUCGAGAGCUUCGGUCAACCAGUCGAGGUUCUCCAUAAGGAACUCAAAACAAUAUAUCAGGCCACCAUUAGGUCCGAGGCCAACUUCCUCCAUAGCAUCUUUGAGGGAAAUAAGUUCUUUGAUGUCAAGAUCUGGUUCAUGUUCAAAUGAUUCGGCGGCAGGAUCGAGGUUAAUGUAGAAGGCAGAACGGCGAUUAAGAUUAAGAUGGGUGAUGAGGGCGGCGCAGAAAGUUGACUAGAUGCGACAAAAUGCAAAGUUAGUUGGGGCGCAUUGAUGAAUGUUGGGAACAAAAAGACCAGCACGCGAUCCAGUGACAGCAUGAUGAGAACGAUGAUGCAACAAUAGACAGUAUUGGAGAACAGAAGCAAAAGCAAAGGUCAAUUUCACGUACCUUGCCCGCGCCCGCAGGGCCCAUGAUCAUGGCACCGA